AUGUAUUUACUACGAAUAGUAAUGCUAACCUUCCUGAUGAAACCAUUCACUGGCGAAUUAUUUUCUAUCGGAGUUCGGUUGAUCACAAAUGCCACGCAUAUCCAAAAUAAACGUCCUUGCAGUUUGCUUUUAGAUUCGCGGAUGUCCGCGUACGUACUUGGUGGCUUUGUGAAUUGUGAAUCAUUGUAUAUAAGUUCUACUUACUCUGAUAUGGGAAUGCGCGUGGUUAUGCUACGCACAGGAAUUCAAUUUCACGGAAUACCACUCGUUUCGAUAGCCGCAUUCAUUUCGGCACCCCAAUCUGUUGAUCUAUGUGGAGAAGUAAGAAACUCGUGUUUAACUCUCCCCAAAAGCGCCUAUAUUCAAGACUACCAUGGUUAA